GGCGUUCCGAACGGUCGCUUUUCUCAUGUUCUCCGCUUCAAAGGAUUUAUCGGCCCCUGGCCGAGGUGCUACUCAGGCUUCAGCCAGCAGCAAUGACUACCGUGUUGUGUUACCCCGUCUUCCUACCGGUAAGCUGGUUGUGGACUCCGUUUUCCUGCAUGCUGACUUAAGUGGUCGACCGUACCGAGCCCAAGACUUCAGAGACGCCCUUCGGACCGUUAUUGACCUGAAGGAAAUAAGUUCCAUCGGACAAUUUCAGAUGUCGCACGUGUGGAUGGUGACGUGCAAAUCAGGGAUGACAAAAUCAAAGCUAGUCGCAUGCGGGGAAUUAUCCGUAAAAGGUAGACGCUGUGUCGUCAUUGAUCCUGAGCCCACGGAAGUUAAAAUGAAGCUUUUGUGGCUUCCUGAGCGUUUGGAAGACGACUACAUUCGAGAUGCGCUCCAGGCUUACGGGAAAGUCAAGUCUAUUUCAGCAGAAAGCUGGAGAGUAUCGGAGAUGGAACAAAUGCGUACGCUAAAUCGGGACGUGGUGUUGACUCUUGCCGAUGGAGUGAGCGUGGGGGACGUUCCACAUCUACUACCUGUUUGUGGAGUGCAGAGUCUCGUAUUAAUUCCAGGCCGGCCCCCACUUUGUCUGCGCUGUAACAAGGUGGGGCACAUUCGUCGAAACUGCAGAACCCCACGUUGUGAAACCUGCCGGCGCUUUGGUCACACAGCUGAAGAAUGUGUCGUAACAUACGCCGAUAAGUUACGACACAGAACAAAGCCUCCGGAUGAAAGCUUGCAAGAACACAUAAUGGACAUUACGGAGGUUCUUGACGCGACGGGAGACGUUCCCUCUUCCGCGGAGACCCGCUGUGCCACUAAGGCCCCUCUGCCUGUUGAAGACAGUCACAAUGCCAUCGCCCGUGAAUGCCAACUGCCCACUGCCAACUGCCAACAAUGCCAACUGCCCGUGAAUAAAGAAAGUAGCGAAGAGAAAGAUGACCAACCGAAGCAACAACCCAAAGGAGCACCCGCUACCACGGAGCCAGCUGCUGCCCAGCAAGCGAAUGAGGGAGCCGGAAAUGACUCAUCUGAUGCACCCAAGCAACUCGACACGUGCACUGAGCCGGCAGAGGACAGCCGAAGUAACGCGGAUACUUCAGUUCCGAAGCGCCGUGCGACCAACAGAUCGGAAUCAAGCACAGACAGCGAGACGACCAGUACCACAAGAAAAGCACGUCGCCGCAAAACAUCGAAACACUCAGGAAAGUGCCGACGAUCACGGUCCAGAAGGCCUGGUGGGGUUUCGGAGGGAGCCUCACCGUUGCCCUCUAGGACCGAUCACAUAGAUCAUUAGGUCCAAAUACUUGGUAGUCACCAUGGCCCUGUCCCAGCAACUUCAAUUCGCAACCUUGAACGUACGAGGCCUUAGGUCUUUGCAGAAACAGGCGCAGCUUCGCCGGCUUUUGUCUAGGAAGCGCCUCGACUUCGUCGCCGUGCAGGAGACGAAGAUUGAGA